CCGCCGUCGCGUCCAUCCCAUCCCCAGCCUUAAUCUCACAAGCCGCCGGGUGUCCGACCGACCGUGAGAGGAGAAAGAUGAGCGUGAGCAAGAGCGUGCCGGUGGUCAGGCACGUUAUCACUGACGCCCGCAUGGGGCUCAGUAAGAGGUUUCGGAUAAAGCCUGUGGAUUUCAUCCGAGUUAUUAAACUAAUGGAAGAUCAAUUUUCAUGCAAUCUUUUUGAGAGACAUCUAAUUCUUCUGAAGAGAAUAGUGAAAAACUAUCAGUUUGGUUUUCCAAUAAAAGAGUUGGUGCAUAUCUGUAAAAUUCUAAAUCUCUGUGAGGAAAAAGUCAAAGAUCACGAAAUCUACAUGCAGUCGAUAUGUGAAAUCCUCAGACUGUGUGGUUUAGGCUUCCUAAAGGAGAAGUUAUCUGAUGAAUUAAACUUUGCCCAGAUUGUGUCCGAAUCCAUUUCACAGAUGGGUUACCUACUGAGAAUGCCCAGUAAUGAGGUGAGAAUGCAACUCUGUAACUCUAUCAUGAGGCUCUAUAACGAAGAACCCCUUGACCAGGAAAUUGAAGGUUAUUACCCCACUAAGAAGAGCUACAACAUGCAGAUGAUUGAAGAGAGUGGAGUGGUAGAAAGCUUGGUUAUGGGUCUUACCUUGGUUGAAGACCAGUUGGAGAUAAAGUUGCGGAUAAUCCAGACCUUGCAAUUUCUAUCCAUGUCAUCAGUUAUGAAUUGUAACUUGAUGUUGAAUGCACAAGCUGCAAACCGAAUCUGUCACUGUCUGAAUGCUCCCGACCCAUCUGGACAACUACUAUUUCGAUCAGCUGAGAUUUUAUGGAAUCUUCUUGAAAAUGGCUCUAAGAAAGAAGUUAUUAAUCAGUUGUCCAACUUUGAAUGUAUCAUGGCACUGAAAGAAACCUUCAUGAACCAAGCCCUACAUGGUUAUCGCCAUUACGAUAAACAGCUUCGAAAUGACUUGCUAGUCUUAGCUACUCUCGUAGCAGAAUCUCCCUUGGCUCCAUUUAUUGAAACUGGCUUUGCUAAACAUCUAAUCAUGUUUGCAGGAUUCCCUGAAGUUAAAAGCUUUAAUCCACUGCUUUCCAACUUUAAACUUACCACGAGUCAUGAGGACUUUGAAAUGAAGAAAUUAUUGUUUAACAUGAUGGUUGCUUUGACUAACGAUUUGGGUUCUGUACAGCUGCUUAGUGAAGGACAAGUACUAUUGGCCCUAUUUCACUAUGUUAAGCCGAAUGUGAAAUCCAAAAUUCGGGAGUGGUCUCCAGCCCAAUUUGAGGAGCUACAACUUCAUGCCAUGGUCUGUCUGACCUUGGUAGCUCCUCUCAUGGUGGAUGAUUACAUGGAAUGUCAAGGAAACACUCGCCUGCUUCUUCUACUAGAUUGCUGUGUGGGGCAAGAUCCAUGCAUUGGUAAAGGCAAUUUGUUCCAUGGUGCUAGUGGCUCUGGCAAUAAACAAGUUCAAAUGUACUACUGUCUAAGACUUCUGAGGUCAAUGUCAUCCCUUGGUGAAGAAAUAGUAAACCAAAAUUUAAGUGACCAAGGAGCCAUUCAGCAGCUACUAGGAAUUCUCAUCAACAUGGUAAACAGCAAGAAGGAAGAAAACAAAACGCUCAUUUCAAUGCAGACUGACAUCCUCAUCAUCUUGUCUGCCAUUUGUGAAAAUGAUAUCCACAGAAAGGAAUUGUUUGGUGCUGAUGGAGUAGAGGUAUUGAUCAUGUUACUGAAGAUGGACCCGGUUAAGUUUUACAGUGGUCUGGGUCACAAUAGACUUGUUCUGGCUUCAGUUGACUGUGUCUGGUGCUGCAUCAUUGGCUGCUAUACUACAGAAGAUAUUUUCCUGGAAAAAGAGGGUAUUUUUUUUCUCCUGGAUUUACUUGAAUCGAGCCCAAAGAACAUGCAGAAUUUGAUCCUUGGAGUCUUACUCGAGUUUUGUGACAACCCAAAAACACCUUUACACAUACAUGUUUGGCGUGGAGCGAAGAAUCUGACAGCUGAUAGUCUUCUAUUAAAACUUUGGAGACAAGACGAGAAAGAGAUGAAAGUAAAGCGAGAUGAACUAGGGAGGAUUGUAGAUGCAAAGAAGCCUCUUAUUGGGAUUAUCCAGGAGCAGCAAGGAAUAGUUUCAUUGCCAGCCAAAACCCAGAGUGCUGCGGUGAUCGAUGUGUCUGAAAAUCUAAGGGCAAAGAUAUAUUCCAUUUUCUGUAAAUUAGGUUUUCAAGAUCUAUCUUUGUGUGAACGGGAUUAUAUCACACUUGACAUCAUACAGCGAUAUCUGGACUUCAAGGUAGCAGAGGUGUGGAUUGAAAUUGAAAGGGAACUUAAGCAAGAAAAUGUACAUCCCAUCGCUUCAGAUACUGAUAUCAUCCACAAAAUCAUCAAGCAUGUCGAGAAUGUUAGCAGGACGGUAGCUUACCAACAGACUGAACUGCUUCAAAAAGAAUACAAUGAUAGUAUUAUGAAUGAGAUGCAAAUGUACAAAGAGAUUAAAGACAACUACAAACAGAGAGAAUCUGCCAUUAAAUCAUGGAAACAUUAUGUGAACAGGACAUCAAACUAUGAGUUUCUGAAGGAAGCCAAGAGAGUUCAGGACGAAGCUUUAAAAGCUUCCAGGAUUGAGGUAAAAAAUGAGAACGCCACAUUUCACCAACCUGAAAUCCUAAAUUUAAAUACAACUGGAUUUUUUGGACAUCUUGCAAUGGUAGAGAGCACGCCCCUGCAUCUGACGGGAGGCUUUUUGAAAAAGAUUGGCCAGACAAACAGGAGAAUUUCCAUAAAAGAAGGGCCAAAACGUAAACUCAUCACAUAAAGCAAAGAACCACAGAAAAAUUGCGAUAAAUAAGGAAUGAAUCAAACAUCCAUUAAACCAUUUUGAAGGUUACAUUUUAAUUUCUUUGGUUAACCUUUGGCUGCAUUUUGUUCUUAAAUUCAUUUUUCUUUUAUUUAUGACUUGCUCUUUUACAGAUGUAAAGUUUCACGUUGAUGGUUAUUCUCAUUUGUUUUGGUUUCACUGUGUACCAUAUUUUGUUCCUGCUGCAGACAUUAUACAAUAUUCUUUUAUCAGAUAUUCAUCAAAGGUUACAAGCCAGGUACCAGGCUAGCUCAGCUGGUAGCAUUCUUGCCUCUCAGGC